UACUGCUGCCCAAGAUGUCUAGCGUACACAACACGAGCGACGGCCGUGCGACGAAGACAAGGAGAGUAAGCAUACAGGCCGACCCUAACGCCGCAGGCUACACGGCAAGGCACGGCCGAAGAAGGUCGAGUCUGUCUAACAGAUUCUCUUUCAGCCGACAACGAUCUUCGCUUCGAUCCGGAUUCAACGAAGAUGGGUCGGAAAUGAUGAGCAGCUUUCAUAGAAAGAUCGCACUGGAGCCGACAUACAAAAUGGCGCCGGACAAACCUUUCAGAAGCAGCACCGUCACGUCAAUCAUUCGAUCCACUCUGGAAUCUCAACUCAACGGUGAGACCUAUUCUGCUGAUCGAUGUCGUCAGAUCUGCGAAACCCUGGCGACUAUAAUCCGAGACCGAGUCAAAGAGGAGGGUUAUCACAGAUAUAAGAUUGUGGCUCACGUGACUAUGGGUCCAAUGAGUGGGCAGACGAUAAGGGUAGCAAGUCGCUGCCUGUGGAAUCACCAGCUUGACAGCUAUGCGUCGAGUGUGUUCCAGAACAGAAGUCUGUAUGCUGUGGGUACCGUGUUCGGUAUCUAUUAUGACUAAUUGAUACGAAAUGAUCGAACGAGAGAGUCUGUUAUGUACAGAGGUAAUGCAGCUGUAAUAGAGUAGCAAAGUGUUCAAACUGCUUGACAAUGGCAAAGGUAAUGUCACGUGACUUGUUGCUAAUUGAUGUGCUUUACACACUCUCAUUAACCUGUUAGUGUUACCAGUUUUAGAAGCUGGUAACACCAACAGGUUAAAAAUUUGAGUCAAAAUGCUGUACUUAGCAGUGACUGCAUAUGACAACUACAAACCUGGAUCCACACCUGAAAUUAGUCUCGAACUCCAAGGUUUCCAUUUACUGCCUCCUGCCUUCCAAUGAGUCAUAGCUGGGACUGUCAGCACAAGAGCUACUCCUUCUCCUCUCUGACUAGUCCAUCAUCACCAACAAGGAUUGGUCUUCAUGUGUGUGUGUGUGUGUGUG